AUGGAUGAAGUUGUAAUUCAUCAAUGCUUCAUCGAAAACGUCAACGCGAUUAUUCAUUUGUUUGGGAGCAUUCAAGAAUUUACAUGUGGAAAAUUGUAUUACAGAACAUUUUAUUUAGAUGAAAAAAGGAAUUCCCUUUACGUUGGAGCCAUGGACAAAUUAUUCAAAUUGAAAUUGAAUUCCAUAAGUCAUUCAAGCUGUGAGAGAGAUUCACUUUCAUUAGAACCGUCAGACGUUGGUAACUGCGUGUCAAAAGGAAAAUCUGAGUAUUUCGACUGUAGAAAUCACGUUAGAGUAAUUCAAGCCAUAGGUGACGGUUCUCGUUUUUAUGUAUGCGGUACGAAUGCUCAUAAUCCAAAGGAUUGGGUUAUUUAUGGAAAUUUGACACGAUUGCCUCGUCACGAAUACGUUCCUGGCAUCGGAACUGGAAUUGCUAAAUGUCCAUACGAUCCUUCUGAUAAUAGUACUGCCGUUUGGGUAGAAGAAGGGAAUCCGGGAAACUUGCCCGGUCUUUACUCGGGAACAAAUGCUGAAUUUACAAAAGCCGAUACCGUAAUUUUUCGUACCGAUUUGCAUAAUACAACGACGGGAAGGAAAGAAUUUAAUUUUAAAAGAACUCUUAAAUACGAUUCCAAAUGGUUGGAUAAACCGAAUUUCGUGGGAUCAUAUGAUGUGGGAGAAUACGUUCUUUUCUUCUUUCGAGAAACAGCUGUAGAAUAUAUAAAUUGUGGUAAAAGCAUAUAUUCUAGAGUGGCAAGGGUUUGCAAACGGGACACAGGAGGUAAAAACAUUCUUUCGCAAAACUGGGCGACUUAUUUAAAAGCGAGACUUAAUUGUUCAAUUCCCGGUGAAUUUCCAUUUUAUUUCAAUGAAAUUCAAAAUGUAUACAAAAUUCCUGGUGAUAAUACGAAAUUUUACGGAGUUUUCACCACAAAUAUGAAUGGAUUAAUGGGGUCCGCCAUUUGUUCUUACGAUAUUAAAGAUAUUAUAAAAGCUUUUAAAGGUAGAUUUAAAGAACAAGCGACAUCAAGUUCGGCAUGGCUACCGGUCUUGAGUAAUAAGGUUCCAGAACCGAGACCCGGAGAAUGUGUAAAUAAUACCGAAACUCUUCCAGAUACAGUUUUGAAUUUUAUCCGAUCGCAUCCGCUUAUGGAUGAAGCCGUGCGCCAUGAAAAUGAUCGGCCCGUUUUUUAUAAAAGAGAUAUUUUAUUUACUCAUGUGGUUGUAGAUAAAAUUAAGAUAGAUUCACUUGUAGAUCAAUCUGAAUAUACUUUAUUUUACGCAGCAACGAGUGAAGGAAAAGUUUAUAAAAUUGUUCAGUGGUUAAACGGCGGAGACAAAUUUUCUGCACUUCUUGAUAUCUUCGAUGCGACUCCGAAUGAACCGAUUCGUGCUAUGGAAAUAUCAAAUUCGCACAAAGCCAUAUACGUUGCUACAGAUUUCAGAGUUCGUCAGUUGAAUUUAAUUGUUUGUAACAAUUACGACAGCUGUAUUAGGUGCGUGCGCGACCCAUAUUGUGGUUGGGAUAAAGAUACAAAGUCGUGCCGUCCGUUUAAUUUUGGUUUACUUCAAGAUGUUAGUAAUACCUCGGUGGGAAUUUGUGAUUCUUCUACAUUGAAAAAAAAAGUGGUGGCCACUUGGGGUCAGAGCAUUCAUUUGGGAUGCUUUCCUAAAGGCGCGGAAGCUUUGCAUUCAUAUGCAUCUGCUUGGUACCAUUACAGUAAAGAAAAAGGAAAAUAUCAAAUUGUAUUUAGGAGAGAUAAAUACAUAGAAACAAACGAACACGGUUUAGUUAUAAUAGGAGUCUCAGAAUUGGAUGCUGGACGUUACGAUUUUUGGUUAAAUGGCGCUCUAUUAUGCUCGUAUAACAUCACAAUUGACGCUUUUAGAUGUACAUCACCGAAAAAAUCUUACGAUUAUCAAAAAAUAUAUUCCGAUUGGUGUCACGAAUUCGAAAAAUACAAAUUGGCCAUGAAAUCCUGGGAAAGAAAACAUGAGCAAUGUGUCUCUCGAAUGAACGACAGUCAUCAGAAUUCACUGUCGAACGAAAUUCAGACUUUGAAAACUCCAUUUAUUGGAUAG